UACAGGUUAAUGCAAUGAGAAGGAGCGCGAGGCAUUAGCAAGGUGGAGGGGGAGCAGGAGCAGGGUGCUGGGUUUUUUUUUAUUUUGUGAUCGAUCCUGGACUUUCGUCUUCAGUGGAAGUGUUAUCGUUUUCAAAAAUGGAUGUCACGGUUUCGGAAUUAAUGAAAAACUUCUUGAAGUGUCCAUUGGUGACUUGGGUCAAAACAUUUGGACCACUAGGAACAGGGGAUGAGGACAAGCUAUCCAUGUACCUGGAGCUGGUGGAUGGAGUCUACUUAAACAAAAUAAUGCUGAAAAUAGACCCCAGUCCUACGAACCAACGAGUUAACAAAAACGUUAACAGUGAUGUCAACCUUCGGAUACAGAACCUUGCUAUUCUCGUCCGGCACAUCAAGAACUACUAUCAGGAGAACCUACAGCAAUUGAUAGUAAUGAACUUGCCCAAUGUCCUGACAAUUGGGAAAGACCCCCUGACAGGUAAGAGCAUGGAAGAAAUGAAGAGGUUGCUGCUGCUCAUUCUGGGAUGUGCUGUUCAGUGUGAAAGAAAAGAGGAGUUCAUAGAGAAGAUCAAACAGCUGGAUAUCGAGACUCAGGCUGCCAUAGUUACGCAUAUCCAGGAGGUAACCCACAAUCAGGAGAAUGUGUUUGACCUGCAGUGGCUGGAGAUGCCUUACCUGCCUCACGAGGACCUCGACUCCCUCUCCAGGAACAUGGUCUUCCACCUGCGCAAGCUCAUUGACGAGAGGGACGACUCUUCUGAGGUGAUUGUGGAGCUGACGCAGGAGCGGGAUUACCUGCAGUCCCAGCAGCCCCUCUGCCCGGUGAAGACCUCCAGCCCAGAGACAACCCCCGGCCCAAUCACCCUGCUCUCCAAGGAGGACCGCCAACACUUGGCUGUCGACCUGGCGGACUGCAAGUCCAAGCUCCGCAGGACAAGGCAGGAGCUGGAGGAAAAGACUGAACAGCUGAUUGAUACCAAAAAUGAAGUCGAUCGACUAGACUUGGAUCUGCAGAAGCUAAAGCAAGAGAAUAUUCAGCUGACAGCAGACGCCCGCUCUUUGAGAGCCUAUCGAGAUGAGCUGGACUCCUUCCGAGAGAAGGCCUCCAGAGUGGACAAGCUGGAGACUGAGCUUGCCCGCUGUAAGGAGAGGCUACAUGACGUUCAUUUCUACAAGGCUCGCAUGGAGGAACUGCGUGAAGACAACGUCACCCUGAUAGAGACCAAAACAAUGCUGGAGGAACAGUUGACGUUGGCAAGAGGUCGCUGUGAUAAACUGCACGAGCUAGAGAAGGAAAACCUGCAGCUCAGAUCUAAACUCCAUGACAUAGAAUUAGAUCGAGACACCGAUAAGAAGCGAAUCGAAGAGCUGUCAGAAGAGAACAUGGUGCUGGAGAUUGCGCAGAAACAGAGCAUGAACGAGUCUGCACAUUUGGGAUGGGAACUGGAGCAGAUGUCUAGAAGCACUGAUGUAAAUGAUGCACGUAAGUCAUUUGUAUUCGAGUUGAACGAGUCUGCAUCAAGUCGCAUCCUAAAGCUGGAGAAAGAGAACCAGGGUCUGCAGAACACAAUCCAGGAGCUCCGGGACACCUCGCUCACCCUGGAGGAGGGCAACCUGCGCAUCCUCGAGCUUGUAAAGGAGAACCAGCAGCUCAGCAAAAAGAUAGAGACGCUUCAGUUCCAGCUAGACCAGGAGAAGCAGACAAACCAGGACAUGGAGACUCUGGUAGAGGAGCUGCUGAAGGAGAAGCAGAAGCUCAUGAAAAAUAUGGAGACUAUGCGGGGUGAAAAAGACAGACAGAUUUCAGAACUUGAACAUGAGAGUGACCAUCUGAACCAGACCGUGACCUCGUUACGGCAGAGAGCCGAGGUUGGCUCUGAGGCGAGAGUGAAGGAUGUGGAGAAGGAGAACCGAAUCCUCCAUGAGACUAUAACAGACACAGGCAGCAAGCUGACACAGCUGGAGUUCGAGAAGAAGCAGGUCUGCAAAGAGCUUGUUCAGCUCAAGGAGAAAGUACAGAAGUCUGAGGACUUGGAAAAAGAAGUGCACAAGCUAGAAUGCACCAACGAGCAGCUGCAGAAGAAGCUGGCGUCCCUGACAAUCACCUGCGACAAAAUUGAAGCUCUCGAGCAGGAGAACUGCACCCUAGAGAUAGAAAAUAAGAAGCUGAAGAAAUUAGCGGACAAUGCACACAAUGCAGCAUUCAGGAUUGAAACCAUGGAGAAAGACAACCACCAGCUAGAAGAGGAGAACUUAGAGAUGAGGAGGACGGUGGAAACUCUAAAGUUCACAAGCACUAAGCUGGCCCAGAUGGAACUGGAAAAUAAGGAGCUGGAGAAGGAGAAAGAGGAGCUAGCCAGAAACAUGGACAUGAUGAAGGCCCUGUCCAAGAAAUCUGAACGGUUGGAGGUCAGCUACCAGGCCCUGGACUCGGAGAACCAGAGGCUCCAGCAGACUCUGGAGAAUAGCAACAAGAAAAUCCAGCACCUGGAAAAAGAGGUGCAGGACACAGAGAAGGAGAACCAGCAACUCCAGAAGAGCCUAGAGGAGCUUAGAAUCUCCAGCAAGCGUCUGGAGAAGCUGGAGCGGGACAACCGUGGGCUGGAGCAGGAGGUGACUCAGCUGGAGAAGGAUAAGAAGCAGCUGGAGAAGGAAGCAAAGCGGCUGUGGCAGCAAGUGGAAGUGAAGGAGGCAGCAUUGGACGAGAGUGGGUUUGCAGUCGCCACCUUGGAGAAGGAGAGAAAGACACUAGAGAAGGAGCUGAGCAAGUUAAAAGAAGCUUCCAACAAGGCCAGGGAAAUGGAGAGGGAGAACAAGGACAUGCAGAAGCAAGCCACCAUUGACAAGAGGACACUAGCCACACUGAGAGAGGACCUGGUUCAUGAAAAGCUAAAGAGCCAGCAGCAGUCCAACGAGCUGGAGAAGCUGAACCAGGAGCUGGAGAAGAUCGGCCUCAACAAGGAGAAGCUUCUACAAGAGGAGCACAGCAGUGAUGACAAUAAGUAUAAGAUCCUGGAGACAAAGAUCGAGUCAACACUACAGGAAACACUAGAGAUAAAAGAGGAGAAGAUCCAGUCCUUGGAGUCACGGCUUGAAGAGUCAUCCAGCCUGAACCAACAGCUCCGAAGUGAACUGACCUCGGUGAAAAAGAACUUGGAAGCAAUGAAGCAAAGACAGGAGGAAGAAGCAUACCACUUGAAUUCGGCUAAAAGCUCUCCGGAGAAACAGCCACCGAACAGCCAGAACAAGGAGAAGUGGGAGACAGAGCACCGUGAGACCACCAUGGAGCUGCUGAAGGUGAAGGACAGAGUCAUCGACACCGAGAAAUGCAAUGCUGCCCUCCAAGCUGAGAAACAUCUGCUGAAGGAGCAGCUCAAACAGCUGGAUAGCCAGAACAACUUGCUGAACAGUCAGAUUGUAGCACUUCAGAGACAGGCUGCUUCCUUACAGGAGCACAACACUGCCUUGCAGACGCAGACGGCCAAGCUCCAGGUGGAAAACUCAACACUGAAUUCUCAGAGUGCCUCUCUGAUGGCCCAGAAUGCCAUGCUCCAGAGCCAGCAGUCGUCAAUGGAGACAGAAGCUGAAAACGUGGUGAAGCAGAAAGAGGAGCUGAAGGCCGCCCACGAGUCUCUGCUCCUGGACCACGAGCGGUUCAUGGCCCUACACGAGCGGCAGUCUGUAGAGUAUGAGACACUAAUCAGCCAGCAUGGCAGCUUGAAAAUGACGCACAAAGCCUUGGAGCAUGAAUACAGGGAUUUGAAUGACAGGUAUGGCGUUCUGUUGAGGCAGAAGGCAGCUAUGGAAGAACUGGAAAUGGUAUUAAAAAGUGAGAGGGAGAACCUGGCAAUGGAGAAGCAGAAAAACACACUCCUGUUGGGAGAGAACAACAACCUGAAGGAAGAAAUCGACAGGUUUACAUUCAUGCACCGGCAGCUGCAAGAGGAGUACGACGGUCUGCAGCUGCACACCAAGGAGCUGAAGACCGCGCUGAACAACGGCCAGCUGGACCUGAACCGCUGGCAGGCUCGCUACGACGAGCUGAAAGAGCAGCACCAGAGCCUGGACAUCUCCCUCACCAAGCUGGACAACCACUGUGAGCUGCUAAACCGUCUGAAAGGGAACCUGGAGGAGGAGAACCACCACCUGCUGAGUCAGAUCCAGAUGCUGAGCCAGCAGAACCAGACGUUGCUAGAGAGGACCAUGGAGAGCAAGGAGCUCUACCAUGAGGAGCAGAAACAGUGCAUUGACAAAUUAAAUACCCUUCGACGACAAAAAGAGAAACUGGAAGAGAAGAUAAUGGACCAGUACAAGUUCUAUGAUCCGGCUCCUAAAAAGAAGAAUAACUGGGUUGGUGCAAAAGCUCUAGUGAAACUGAUAAAGCCAAAGAAAGACGGUUCCCGAGAACGGCCCAAGUCAACCCCAGAGAGCCUGGCACAGCCAUUGGACUACCCGGAGGGACUGCCACCCCUUCCCCCACCCCCGCUGCCCCCUAGACUCUCUCACCUCAGCCUGGACAACAACUUGCUGGGCUCUAAUUCCCUGGAGGAGAACCACAACCACAGCCCCACCACCAGAGCAUUGAAUGACAGUGGCCUCAGGCUAAGAGGCACGUACAGGAGUACAGGAAGUAAUGAGAACACGGAGAGCCCAGAAGCCAUUUCUAGGCGACGACGCAUGGAGCUGGGAUCCAUGGCCUACUCUACCUCAGCCAUCCACAUGAGUGCUUCAAGUUCUACUCCAGUCCCUGGCUCCAGGCAAACGCUGAGACCUAAAGGUUUUAUCUCGGAUGACGAUCUUCGCUUGCAGUUGCUUGAUGCAGUGUUUGCCAACAGUAGUAAUGGAACCCAAGCAUACAAGCCAAAUACUUUAGACCACAGUCGAAAUACCUCCAGCAGCAGCUCUCCUGUCAACUCCAAAGGUUCUUGUGAUCGGAUCCAGGGCAGCCUCUCCAGCGAUGAAGUGAUUUCAGGGCACGAAGCGGCCACCCUCCCCAGAGAAGGCUGUCUCUACCGCUCCAGAUCAGCUUUUGUCUCAAGCAGCAAGCAGGAGCCUGGACUCUGUGCCAAAGGCCUGGCUUCCUAUGACACAACCCAGAAGGGUGCUCCCAGUCAUCCCCAGGGCAGAGCUCGACCAAGGCUAGGAUCCCCCAGCGGCGAGCUGGUCACGUUGGAAGAGUUCUUGCAGGAGAGCAACAACUUAUCGCCGCCCACUCGUAGACACAGUUUAAAUGAGAGGGAGCUCAUUUCAUUGCACGAGUUCUUAGCCGAAGCUGACUCCAUGCUCCCCAGUGACUCCGCUCUCUCCAGAACGACUGCCACCAGACGUCUAAGCAGUGGUGACACAUACAGCAAAAAGGCAGGCAGGCCCAAUAUGAGACCUGUUUCCUAUAUUCCCAGGGUUCAGACGAACAGCCGAGAGGAUCUGAUGAGCGACUACUUCAAGAAAAUCAACGUGUCCCCUAUCAUCGGGAAGCAGAGCGCCCUGAAGGAUGUUGCCAAGAUGCCCACAAAUUAUGUCAUGCCAACCAUUAAAGCGGUUCCUGACGAUUCAUUGGAUGGGCGAUCUAAACCUGGGCAGACCGUCAAACCCAGCAUCCGCCCCCCAGAGCCUCAGCCUCAAACCUCAAGCAAUGCAGCUUCCAUACGGCAAACACAAACUCUGCCAACCAGGUCACGGCAGGCAGAACGGUUGGCACAGACGCAGCAGCAACCUGGCACGAGAGGUGGCAGCGGUAACCUGAGCCGUACGUUCAGCUUGGCAUCUGCCGACCUCCUUAGAUCCAACGGGCCAGACAAUUGCAGGCAGGAGAGUUCGCCUAAACCUGCCACAGAACUUAACCCCAGCCCCGGGAUUGUUGUCAGGAGGCAGGCUACAAUUGCGCAUGAGCGGCCCCAAUCUGCCAGGCUGUCAGGGUUCUCUUCUCAGGGCGGUGAGCUUCAUUACCGCACAGUGGAUCCCAGACGGCUUUCUCUAGCUCCUCCCAAGGAUGACCCAAGGCCCCUAUCUCCCCAAAAGCAUCCCCAGCACCAGUCCUCCACAGUGUCUCUUUCUGGUUCUGUGAACAACCCCAAUGUAGCUCGCACACAAGCAGAGAGGUACUGCGCUACCAGUUCGCCGCACUACUGCCCGGCACAGCAAGGGCCACCCAGAUCUGAGCCGCAGCAGCCAUCAGUGCGGCCUGUUUCCCAGCAUCGCGGAGAGGUGGCAAUGGUGACACCAGUCAGGGCAGUGCCCCUGCCAAAAGAGGAAGAAGUGAUCGGGGAGCAAAGGCCAAUGGAUACGUCUCUUUCAAAAAGCCUGGCCAAGUCACCUGAGAGAGGCAGCAGCACUGAGGGUCCCGGCACAGAAGACCUGAAUCAGAGCAACUCCAGCGCCCAUAAGAGUACUCCGGCCUCCCCUGACCCCAGCAAUGACCCACAGAGUGUUUGGUAUGAAUACGGCUGUGUGUAAAUGAAAUCCGCUGAAACAAAAUGGGAUUUUCUGUUUAACCAACAUAAAAUGGUGGUCCGGGAUGAGAAGGGCCAGUCUGUUUAGCAUGUUUAUUGCCACCUCUCUGUGAUCUCCUCAGCUGGAUUUAUUGGGACUGGGAGGCAAACGUUGGCCCCCAUGUCGAUUUUAGGUUUCUACUAUAUUACAGUUUACCCAAGUCCCCCGAACCUGCCUCUGACUACACACUAUAGCCUCAUAUCCAGAUGGGAAUCGAACUCCACCUUCCUAAUUUCAAAGACAUCUGUAAAGGGUACUGCAAAUCAACCUGCGUUCAUGCAGUACAGCACUUUCAAAUUUCCAACAGAGGAAAUUCAGAAUUUGUACAGAUCUCACAAUUGCAUUACGCAAGAACAUCUAUAUAAAGUAAUGUAUUUGUUAGAAGUGCUGACAUUAAGGAAUCUACAUUUUAAAAGUAACCAAAUACAAAUUUUACUGUGCAUCCAUGCAUUCUAUAUUUUUCCCUAUUGUUGGUCUGGUAUAAUAACAGCUAACUCUAAAUAAUACCCAGAGUCCAGUUUAUUUCUUACCACUUUUGAAAUCUUUUUACCACAAUUUUCUGAUGAUGAUUUCACCAUCUUGGGCAUUCAGAGUUUAUACUUUUCUGCUGUAAAUAUAAAACAAAAUCCCUCCUGUUACA